AAUAUGCCGGAUAUAACCCAUCCCCCAAAAUACAGACGUAUGCACUUGAAGUCCCUUAUCACUACAUAGGCCAUGCCCGCAUCCUCGUGUCCACGCGGCCUUCCGACAAGUUCUUCAUCUCCGGAGACGCGCUGACUUCAAAGAGGCGACUGGCCUCUGUACAGAGCAGGUGUUCAUCGUCGGCGGCACAGGCAAUUACGUGAAGGACCUGGGCGAGAAGGGUGAGCUUGGCGGGGACCUGAAAUCUUUGACUGGGAACAGGGCCGUUUGUUUGCGCCUUGGCGCUCCCCGGCAUUCAUGCAGCUGCAGAUCUCGACGCGAGUCUGACAGCACGCUAUGAUAGGUAGAGUUGCCUGCUUGUCGCCUGGCGGCCUUCAGCGCGUUGACAUUGCCGCCUGCCUUGACUUUGCCCUCUGACGCCUCACUGACUUCGCUACUGCUGCCACUGCCGUCUGUGUGAUGCAGGGUUCAUAGACGCCUGCAAGACCACCAGCGCUACCCGGAUCUUCCCCGACACGCAGCAUCACAAUGUGCUCGGCUUGCCCUUCACCGGGAUGAGCAACGUCGCUGGCGUCAAUGGCCCAGACGCGCUGUCACCCUUCGCUAUCGUCACGGACAAGGACAUCGACCGCGCUGACAACGACCCCAACCACAUUUUCGUGCGGCCCGACCAUCCCGGCGUCACCCUUCCACAUCCUCGCACUACCCAUGGCGGUGGCGGCCGACGACACUCCCGCGGCGCGGCGCCUGGCGGUCGGCACGACGCCGGCGCCCAACGGCGCGCUGCACCGGUCCCACACCCCCGCCAGCCCCCUGGCGACCCUGACGACCCCCGGCAUGCUCAGGGUCGGCGCUCGUGGGGCCACGGUGGCCAGGCCGUCGAGACGGAGGUCUGCGGCGGCGCGCAGCAUUCCGGAUGAGCCCCUGGAGACCAUCUUCCAGAAGCUCAUGGUUAUGAAGCACCACGAAGCACUCAGUGAGGACGACAUUGACUAUCUGAGCAUGACCGUGCUCGUGGUCAGCCGCGAGAUCGGCAUCUUCUCCGAUAUGUCCAUGAGCUGGAUGCCGAUUUGCGCCGAGAAGGGGCUGCUGCUGCGCAACAAGGACAGCACUUGCCGACACCACCAACGCUGAGCUGCAGCGCCUCUCACUGAACGGGGCGGUUGAUGCAGCAGGCACCGCCUUCGCGUACAUACUUGCGGGCACAUUCUAGGCCGCAUCUGUCGUAGUGUCAUUGUGCACACAUGCGCUGAUAGAUGUUAAGGGCCACUUCAACAGAAAGGAAGCAUCUUGUUACAUCUUGUUGGGUGCACAGACAGACGCUCAUACGCGCAAAUGAUACACGUUCACAGCAUGUUUUCACACCAGGUGAAUAUAGCCGCGCCUGCAUUCAGUGUGCUGGGCUUUCAUGCGAGGGUUGUUCAUCAUAGGGACAUCUGGACUCAAUCAAGCAACUCUGCUGACGUUCUUCACGUGUUCGUCCAUUGUAAUCGGCCCGCUUCAUCUGCAAUACAUCAGGCCGUCCAUCCGCCAUCAUUCACUGCUUUAGAGGGGCGCGGGAUACACAGCGGGAGUGGUGUCUUGAAGGGCGGCCGAUGGGUGCAGGAGGGAUGGUCUGAGGGGGGGAGGCGAAGUACCCAGAAGGGCGUAGGACACACGUCAGAUGGGUAACACGAGGUGAGUGGGAUGGGCAUGAGAGGGGAGCAUGGAGUGACGGGGGAGGGAUGGGGGAGUGGCGCGUGGAGUGACGGGGGAGGGAUGGGGGAGGGGCGCGUAGAGUGACGGGGGAGGGAUGGGGGAGGGGCGUGUGGAGUGACGGGGGAGGGAUGGGAGAGGGGCGCGUGGAGUGACGGGGGAGGGAUGGGGGAGGGGCGCGUGGAGUGACGGGGGAGGGAUGGGGGGGGGCGCGUGGAGUGACGGGGGAGGGAUGGGAGAGGGGCGCGUGGAGUGACGGGGGAGGGAUGGGGGAGGGGCGCGUGGAGUGACGGGAGAGGGAUGGGGGAGGGGGAUCACUAACUCAGUUAGCGAUUUGACUCGUCCUUACGGCAGAAGGGACCCGGGUACGAAUCCGGAUAAAAGCCCAAUUAUGCAAAAGGCGAAAGAUUGGUGCGAAACCGAUUGGUGAUCCCACGAACGAAAGGUAAUUGCCCUUAGUGGCAAUUGCGGGCUUAUGCCCGCUGCAACCUAGAAAGGUCGUGGUGCAGAAGUCCGAUUUAGUGGCGAGGUCCAAGGUUCAAGACAAGGCUCAAGAUCCAAGGCUCGAGGAGGAGCGCCAUGGCUCCUCGGUUUGCACGAACUGGCAGUGCUCCACUACUAUAACGCGGCGUUUCCCUAGCUCGAUAUGUUAGGUGUGCAGGCUCGGAUGUAGUGGACUUUGAAGAGCGGCCUAGGACUUGGAGGUUGUAGUUUCGGAGGUUGUGACUCUUUCGUGGUGAGGUGUCAGCGUGAGGGGGGCGGGCCCUCUCGCCCUAGUCACCUUGCCCCGUUAAUCCAUGCCAGGCCCUAUGGGCCGGCGUUGUAAUUAUUAUUAUUA